CAAACACCACAUAAUCCCACACAGAGAAAGUGGCCACUGGACCACCUGCACCAGUCAUGAUCCCAAGUUUAUUUGGGAAAUAAAUCCCUUUGCUUGACAUGGAGAGUGCAGUAUUCACCAGCUGGCUCCUUUUCCUGAUGUUCAGCCCAGCUGUUCCCAUGUGUUUACCCACAGACUUCACCCUGUAUGUGGAACAGCCAGAGUGUGGCUACUGUGUGGCGAUCAACACAACCAUCUGCAUGGGAUUCUGCUACUCAAAGGACAGUAACCUGAAGCACCCACUCCGCACACGCUUCCUGAUCCAGCGAAGCUGUACCUAUGACAAGGUGGAAUACCGUGCGGCCGUACUGCCCGGCUGCCCCGUGGACUCCAACCCCGUCUUCACCUACCCCGUGGCCCUCAGCUGCCACUGUGGGGCCUGCAGGACGGACAGCAAUGAGUGCAUACAGAGGGCCGGCCCUGACAGAGCUCGCUGUACCAAACCAGUGAGAAGUCUCUACCCGUACCCUGGCCAGAGAAACUACAUGAUCCCUUUCUGAUUCUCCUGGUAUCAGCUUAUCUCUUUUUACUGUUCAAACGACCCAGCAGCUGCAUGAGUCAUGAAUGUUUUUCGAUGAAACAAACACCAUCCUUUAGUUGGUGAUGGA